AGAUUUGCCCAGUGACGGAAGAGGAGGCGCAGGACGGGCAGCUGAGGAGGGCUCGCCGCGCUUCCCGGUCGCCGCCUAGGAAUAAAGCAUGGCUGGAGACGCGAGGAUCGAAACCGCCGCGGACUUGCUGGCUGCAGCCCACGAGCACUUCCAAGGGCUGCAGCAUGAGAGGGCGGAGGAGCUCUACAGCCAAUACAUUCAUCACUGCGCAUGCUCCGACAUGAGCAAACAUCUUUGUCAUGAUCUGGCAACAGCACUUAACAACAGAGGACAAAUUAAAUAUUUCAGAGUUGAAUUCUAUGAAGCUAUGGAUGAUUAUACGUCAGCUAUACAAGCACAACCAGAUUUUGAAAUUCCUUAUUAUAACAGAGGAUUAAUAUUAUAUAGGCUAGGAUUCUUUGAUGAGGCCUUGAAGGAUUUCAGGAAGGUGUUAGAGCUAAAUCCCAAAUUUGAAGAUGCUUCUUUGAGUUUAAGUCAGACUCUCCUUGACAAAGAAAACAAGUUAAGAAGAGGUUAUUGAAGUCCAGUGUGUAGAAGAAACAGGCUGUGAGAUUGGAAUAUUUGGUAAAGAUGUAAAUUUCCUGGGGUGAGGGGUAAGGGUGUUAACUUCUCAGUUUUGAAUGGAUCAAUUUCCAUGCAAAGUAAUCCUCAAGAUGUCAAACAUUUGGCAUGACUACUUACAGCACUUGUAUUAAAACUGAUUUUAAUUACAUGAAGAUUUUAUUCUGUAGUUUGGCGCUAUGUAUAUUGGCAAGUUAUAUAAAACAAAUUUCCUUGAUAACCAGCUACUUCAUUAGAAUAUUAUACUCCAUUAAUAAGCAAUAUCAAAGAUAUGAAUUAGUGCAGAACUUCUACAUACUAACAUUGGUGAUUCCCCAUAAUACCUAAUAAUAUUGAUUGGCUUCAAAAAUAUAUCAUUUUUAUAAGCAAUUAGAUUUGUAUGCAAUAUAUUAAGCUUUGGUUAUUUCUGCUCUCACAGCGUUAUGGACUGGUGUUCUCACUGUAUUCUCAUUAUUGAAAUUAGGCUGAGAGAUGAUGGAUUAUGUAUUAUGUACACACCCAACUCUAAAUGUGAGAUCUUAUCAUAUUUGGUGUGAUGAAAUAAAUUUGUGUAAUCUCAGUAGUUCAAUGAAAAAUUAAACUUUUUAGAAAGGAAUGUACUGGUGUAGCAGAUUUUGUAGUAGCAGAUUUUAAAUCUCAUAUAUGACCAACUUAAAAAAUUGUAUCUUCUGUUUUUAAUUCAUGAAGCUUUUAUUAUUAGGAAGUUAGCAUGAAACAUAUUUUAACAAUCCCAAGUAAAGCUGGCCAAGGUAAGUAGAACUGCAUGGUUAUACCUGUAGGAAA